AUGGAAGGCAAAAUCGUAGAAGAACAUGGAUAUAUUAAUAAUCAUAGUGAUUCAUCUUUUAUAAACGACCAUGAAGAGUACUCUGAUUAUGAUGACGACACAGGAUCGGAAUGCAGCUGUUCCACGUGCUCAACGUGUUCCACGUGCUCAACGUUCGAAGAGGACGAACUGGAGCCUGGGGAGAGUUAUGACGAGGAAGAUCUGCAAUGUCCCGAAUGUGAACAUGAGAUGCAAAAAGAAAUUCACUAUUGUCAUAGUGAUACUGACUCAUUAGACAAAACUCAACUACAGGACAACGAGUUUCACUUUGCAGGAAAAAACGGUUUUACAAGCGAAGAUCAAUUUGUUUUCGAUAAGUUUGCUGAGGUAAUGGUAUUAAGUUCGGACGAUGCGCAGUUUAAAAAUGGUGGGUACCUAAUGAAUGGCGAGAAAAACUCCAAUGAAAUUCUCCUAGGUGGCAAACAAAGGAAAAAGAAAGUUCAUUUUAUGGAUUCUUCGUCAUCCUCUGAUGACGUAGCUUAUGAUGUAGCUCAAGCUGAAGCUUACUCUAUUUCCAGUCUCUCUGACAGCAGUACGAGCGGCUCGUACCCAGACUGCAUCCAGCCUCUUCAAAACGGCCACAAUUAUCAUCACAUACUAAAGAAUAAUCAAGAGCAUAAGGAGCACAAAGGAGAUCUGUCGGAAGGCGAACUGGAAAGGGAAUAUAAUCGGUUAAGAGCUGUUUUUAAAACGAUUGAUCCUUUGAAACUUCAUGGUAUUCUUAAACACAGUCUAAAAACAAAAGACUCUGACGUCAUCAUGGCCUUGGGAACAUUACUUCCGAAAAGCAAGUUUACGGCUGACACUGUUCAUUGCGUUCGUUGUCACAAGGAAUACGAUCCACACUACGGAAGAAAACGGUGUGUUCUUUAUCACCCCGAAAAAGACGUUUGGAAAGCGUCCCAGAAUUCUGAAGGAGCUACUUUUAAAUGUAGUUUGUGUUCGACCACGUUUACAAUGAAAGGAACCUGGGAGUAUAAAUUGAGUCAAGCGUCCGAACAGAAUUGUGGGAUUUGUUUUGAUGGCGUUCACACGCCUGAUCCAAGUUACGUUAGUUACCAGCCCUCUGGCGCGGCUCAGUGUUGUGAGGACAAAGGCUGCAUAGUAUUUUAUGUAUAG